AUGUCAACUGAAUCAGAGAAUAUAUUUAGACAGUCAUUUCGAAAUUGGAAUGACAGAACUUCUUCAACAAUAAAUAAUAAUAACACAACUAGUGGUAAUCGACCUAUUUUAUCAGAAUGGACUGAUUAUUUCAAAACAGGAGCAAAUGAUUUAUAUCAAAGAUUACCGACAUCAAUACAAGAUUUAAAUAAUCCUAAUUCAACUCAACGACAAGAACCUUCAUGGUUUCAAUUAUCAAGAAUAGAAAGAUUGAUAGGAUUUGGUUGUUGUUUGUCUGCGUCAAUUUUAUGUUUUGUCAUAUGCUUUUUCAUGUUCCCUGUGUUAGCAUUAAGACCUAGGAAGUUUGGUUUAUUAUGGACUGGCGGGUCAGUAUUAUUUGUUGUAUCGUUCGGAGUACUUCAAGGUCCCUAUGAAUAUAUACGACACUUGUUAUCAAAAGAUAGAAUUAUUUUCACUACUGUGUUCUUCACAUCAAUAUUUUUAACAAUUUAUUCCAGUGUUAUAUUAAAAAGUAGUAUUUUGACUAUUUUUACAAGUAUAAUCGAAAUAUUAGCAGUAGCUUAUUAUACGGUUAGUUACUUCCCAUUUGGUGCAAGUACUUUAACAUUUUUUACGAGUUACAUAGUGGGAUAUAUAGGAGGAUUAAUAGGAGGUAUUUUAUAA